AUGAGGCCAGGGAAGGCUGAGGUGUUGCAGGAGCUGAAGUUCGCAAUGGCGUUCCGACAAGGCGGAGCGGGCGAGUCACGGGGGGGCCCGGGUCGGCCGGACGGCCCGCCGCGAAUAAAGGACGGCAGCUGGAUAUCUGCCGACGCUCGGAAUCGACCGACUGGCUGGGCAUCGCAGAUGGGGCGCGCGAAGCGGCUGAAGCCGCGCAUGUGGAAGAGCGCGUUCGACGCGGAAGGUCGUCUGGUGCGCAUGCCGCAAGUGCUCAAAGCAAUACUUGAGGGGGGAGUGGACAAGUCAAUACGUGGCGAGGUGUGGGAGUUUCUGCUCGGCUGUUUCUCCCUCGAGUCCACCGCAGAGGAGAGGAACUACGUGCGCGAAGCCAGGAGGGAGCGGUACCAGCAGCUUCUGCUGCAGUGCCAGCAGAUGCACAGCAACGUGGGCUCUGGUCACCUGGCCUUUGCUGUGGGAACGCGCAUAAUGGACGUGCGCAUUAUCCACCCCGGAAACACCCCGGGGGGAGGCGCAGGGGGCGGUGGCGCAGGAGGGGGAGGCGCAGGAGGCGCAGGGGCGGGGGGGGCAGGCGGAGCAAGCAGUGGGGUAGCUGGCGUGGGGACUGGGACGCGCGCAAGGGGGAAAGCUGAGGCUGGCGCGUCAGGCAGUGCUGCUAGCGCGGGGGAAGGGCCUGGGGGAGAGGAUGCGGAUGGGGCAGCAGCAGGGGGAUUAGCAGCAGCGGCUGUUGCAGCUGCAGCAGCAACAGGGGGAGGAGCAGCAGGGGGAGCGGGGGGAGCAUGGGCAGGGGCGCAUGGGGGAGAGGAUGCGCCUACAGGGGCACAAGGCGCGCGUUCAGGGGCAGGGGGGCAGGAACCGGGGAGGAGGCCGGGGGAAGGGGGGGAGAGGGGGGAGGAUCCGAGUGGGGAGGGCGCGCGGAACAGGAGGAGGGCGGAGAAUAGGAGCUUUUCUCGUUCGAUGAGUGCCCAGCCUGAACGGAUAGCGCGGAGGGAGAGACGGGAGGGGGAGGGAGAGGAGAGCGGUCAGUCAGGCAGGGGUUGGAUCGGGGAUGGGAUGAUGGAGGGGAGUAGAGAGAACGAGGGUGGGGAAGAAGGGGGGGAGGGCAGUGGGUUGGAUGAAGGGGGGGAACACGAGGGGGGGGAGAAGAGGAAGCAGCAGAAGGUGAGGUGGACUAGGCUGCUGCAGGGAGUGGUGAAGGAUAUAAAGAAGAAAGAAAGCAAACUGCCUGUAUCGAGUUCAAUUUUAGACAGUCCCUCCGGGCCUUCUGCUUCCUCGGGCUCAUCUGGUGGUGCUUUCAGUGCUUCUGGGUUUUCCUCCUCUUCCUCCCACCCUUCUGCCGGUACCGCUCUGCACCACAGAGCACCGGUUCAGGACCACUACAGAUCGUCUGAAUCCCAGAAGCAGCAGUAUUCAGAUGUGCCUCUAGCGAAGAGCUUCAGUAGUAGCCUACCGGCUGUGGGUGGGGAGCGGGAUGUGGAUUCGCCUAUGCAUGCCGCAGCUGGUGCUGACAGGUGGCACGCUGUGAGUGGCGGAGUGGGUGGAGGGGGCGGGGGGAUUGGGCAGGGAGGGGAAGGGGGCGAACGGGGGGAGGAUGAAGGGGUGGAGGAGGGGGGAGGGGAGGGCGGGUGGGAGGGCAGGGAGGGUGGGGCGGGAGGGACGGAUGAGGGAGCGGGGGCUAGGAGGUUGGGGAAGGAGGGGAGGCCGCCAGUGGGGGAGUUUGGGGGAGUGGGGGCGGCGCAGGGGGCGCACAAGGGAGGGGGGGAAGGGGGAGCGGGCGCAGCGUGGGUGAGGGGAAUGAAGAAGGCGCAUAAGAAGCUGAUUGGAUAUCUGGGCGCAUCAGAUAGCUUCGGGGGGAGGGAAGGAGGUGGGGGAGGGGGAGGAGUGGGCGUGGGGGCAGGAGGAGCGGGACAGGGAGACGGCGGAGGAGGGGGAGUGCUGGGCGGGGGAAAGAUUGCGGGGAAGAUAGGGGGAGAGGGGCAUGAAGGGGGAGCGCUGGGUGGCGGAGGGGGAGGAGGAGUGGGGGGAGCGGGGGGAGGAGAAGGGCGAGGGGGAGGGAGGACUGGCGCCAGGAGACGGCUCCGGAAGGUACUGAGCGCGGAUUGGGGGAGCACGUCACUGGAUGAGCUGCUGGGCGGCAAGGGCUUGGCUCCUAGCGCCAGCACCAACCUUUCAUCGUCUAACAGCCAACCAACCCGUCCGUCCACUGCUUUUGGCAACACUGCUGGCAAUACUACUGGCAACACUGCUGGCAACGCUGCUGGCAGCGCUCCUGGUCUAUCCAGCUCUGCCAGGCUGGGUGUCACGGUGGAGCGCGUCGCUGACUGGCUGUGGACGCUGCACAAGAUAUCGGUGGAUGUGGAGCGCACAGACACACACAUGGCGUUCUACCAGACAGAGAGGAACCGCGCCACCAUGUGUGACAUCCUGGCCGUUCAUGCCUGGAUCGACCCUGCCACUGGCUUCUGUCAAGGCAUGUGCGACAUCCUCUCGCCUUUCAUCAUGCUCUACGGCCAUCCUGCUGACGCCUUCUGGUGCUUCGAGUGCCUCUUCUCCCGCAUUAGGCACAACUUUGUGUUGGAGGGGCCGGUGGGCAUCCUGCGGCAGCUAGCGGUGCUGCGGGACGUGGUGGCGCUGGUGGACCCCGAGCUGGCCUCGCACCUGGAGGAGCUGGGCGCCGACAACUUCAUGUUCGCCUUCCGCAUGCUGCUGGUGCUGUUCCGAAGAGAACUGCCUUUGGUGGACGUCAUUGUCAUGUGGGAGAUGAUGUGGGCAGCGGACUUUGACUCACGCAUGGCAUCCGUUCUCCUCCACCACCCCCCCGAGGGUCUCAACCUCGUGGCCGAGCCCCACACCUGGUCUACCGGCCCCCUCCCGCCCCUCGACUCCCCCACCAACGACGCCGCCACCACCCCCGUACCGUUCUCCACCGCUUCCAACCAAGGCUCGGGGUCGGCUCUGGGGGGGUUUGACGUGAUGGGGCUGGGCGGGGGGAGGAGAGGGGGGAUAUGGCGGUCGGGGCAGUUGACAGCACAGGAUGUGGAGGGGGGGGCGAGUUUGAUGUCUCAGUGGGGGGAGGCGCGGGUGGGGGAUGAGGAUUUGGCAGUGUUCUGUGUGGCGGCCAUUCUGAGGGUCAACAGGAAGAGACUGCUGCUGGUGGAGGGGUCUGACGAAGCCAUCAAGAUGUUCAACGAUGUGGAGCUCGUAUUAGAUGUGGUCUCCUGCAUCCACCUAGCCAUCAAGCUCCGCACCAAGUACUUUCGAAAGGCUCCACGCAGCAUCAGGGCGCGAUAG